AUGGAGUUUUUAUAUAAUUUGCAUAGCGGGUGGCAUGUUGACCAAGCCAUUGUCACCGAGGAGGAAAGGUUGGUUGUCGUACGGUUUGGCCGUACGGCUGACCGGGAGUGCAUGUUAAUGGAUGAGAUGCUGGCGUCUGUCGCAGAGAAAGUGCGGAAUUUUGUGGCAAUAUAUCUGUGUGACAUAGAUGAAGUUCCUGAUUUCAAUGACAUGUAUGAGUUAAACGACAAUAUGUGCCUCAUGUUCUUCUACAAAAACAAGCAUAUGAUGUGCGACUUCGGCACAGGUAAUAAUAACAAGAUGAAUUUCUUGCCGGAUGAUAAGCAAGAACUAAUAGAUAUUAUGGAGACGAUAUUCAGGGGUGCCAGGAAGAAUAAAGGUAUUGUUGUGUCGCCGUAUGAUUAUAACCACAAGAGACCCUCAGAUUGA